AUGGGCAAGAGAUUUUCCAAGUUGAGGAGAAUGGUGAGGCAACAAAGGGGGAGGCUUUAUAUUAUGAGGGUGUGUAUUUCUAUGCUUCUUAAUUGGCAUAAGUACUCUUAG